AUGGCAUCGUCCGUGGGAGGGGUGAUCGCGGGUCAGAAUCCGUUUGUAUUCGAAACACGGUCCCCAGUGACACUAUGGCUUUUCCAGGCUUGCCUGAUCAUGGUGGUUUGUAACCUGGUUCAUAUCCCGUUUUCAAGGAUCCGCCAGCCAAAGGUUAUCUCUGAGGUUAUUGCGGGUGUGAUCUUGGGUCCGACAGUGUUUGGACAGAUACCGAACUAUACGGCAACCGUUUUCCCGCAGGCGUCGAUAGUUGGUCUGAAUCUGACAGCCAAUAUCGGUAUUAUUCUGUUUAUGUUCUUUCUGGGUCUGGAAGUGGACACUGGGUUUAUCAAGAAGCAUCUGAAGAAGGCAAUGUCGAUUGGUUUGGCGUCGCUGUGCGUGCCGUUUGGGUUUGGGUGUCUAUUUGCAGUGCCGCUCUACAAUACGUAUGUGCCAGGUCGCGGGUCGGCAGGACACGUCAAGUUCACGGUCUUUAUGGUGUAUAUCGCUGUUUCACUUUCUGUGACGGCGUUUCCUGUUCUCUGUCGUAUCCUCAACGAGUUGAACCUAAUCAAGGAGCGUGCUGGCAUCGUGGUUCUUGGUGGAGGUAUUGUGAACGAUAUAUUGGGAUGGAUUAUGCUUGCUCUAAGUGUGAUUCUCUCAAACGCCUCGUCGAAUCCCGUCAAUACGGUUUACAUCCUGCUGUGCACGUUCGGUUGGUUUCUGUUCAUAGCGUAUCCUGUCAAGUACACACUACGGUGGAGUUUGCUCAGAACCCGUGAACUGGAAAGAUCUAAACCUUCACCAGUGGCUACGAUGUGUGUUCUAUUCAUCGUGUUCAUUUCCGCAUAUUUUACCGAUAUCAUUGGUGUGCAUCCGAUCUUUGGUGCCUUUAUGGCUGGACUGAUCGUUCCAAGGGAAAAUAACUAUGUGGUGAAACUGGCGGAAAGAAUGGAGGAUAUACCAAACAUCGUUCUAAUUCCAAUCUAUUUUGCGGUAGCAGGUCUUAAUGUCGACUUAACCUUGCUAAACGAGGGAAGGGACUGGGGUUAUGUCUUUGCAAGCAUUGGGAUUGCUAUAAGUACAAAGGUAGUAUCUGGCACGAUCGCAGCCAGACUUCAUGGUUUAUUUCUCAGAGAAUCAACUGCUGUCGGUAUCCUGUUGUCAUGCAAAGGCAUCGUAGAAAUUGUUGUGCUGACUGUGGGGUUAAAUGCUGGCAUCAUCACAAGAAAGAUUUUUGGAAUGUUUGUCUUGAUGGCACUGGUUUCCACCUUUGUCACCACUCCUCUGACGCUAUGGGUCUUCCCAGAAUCAUACAGAAACGAAAUACGCUUUAAGAAAAGCGAUGAAAAAGAUACUUCAGAGGCUCCUUCCUCGGUGAUAUUGGCAGUUGAUGAAGAUGAAGCAGCGGUACCAGGCCUUCACUCAUUCGAAGAUGUUAAAAACUUUCAUAUUACAGAAGUCAUCAGUAUUACGAAUUCGAUCGAAACGAUCUCAUCCUCAUUAGAGCUGAUCAAUAGCUUAGUUAUCGGAAAACCUGGAACGACACCUAGUUUGAUUUCAGUGCGACACAAGGAAUGCAGCAGGAAGUCAAGCAGUUCUUCGUCAAGACCAAGCCUAAGCAAAGUCAAGAAACUUACGCGCGUGUGGUCACGUAAUAAUGAUGAUGCUGAAACAGCAUUGACAGUAAUCGAGGAGGAUGUGUUAGGCUUCGAGCUAGAAAUCCCAUUGAGAGCUGUUCACUUAAGGCAGCUAACGGAGCGAACCGCGGAUCUUCUGCAGUCAUCAUCUCUGCAUAACGAAGACCCCGAUUUUACUGUGAACACGGACUCUAUCUUACAGAUAUUUGACAUUUUCGCCCGUCUCAGUCACAUUCAGUUCUCCAGUGAGGUGAUCUUUUCUACGAUUAGGGAAGGAGCAGCAAACAUCGCUUCUAUGAGAAUGAAGCCCACAGAUUUGAUUCUUUUGCCGCUGAGAGGUGCCUUUGCUGAUAUUAGCGGAACAGAAAUCCCUCCCAGAGAACAUUAUGCGCACUUUUCCCAAUUUUAUUCACACAUUCUAGGAUUAAAUGAUCUUUCUUCUGGAUUCUUCAGUACCAUUUCUUCAUCUUUGAAAGCGAAUUUUGCGCUGCUAAUCAGCAAUAGAGGAGAUCGUGCUUACAUUGAUCGAUCGAAGGAGAGAGGCUUUCACUUGCUUUUGCCGAAACCCAAUCUGACUUCUUCGGACUUUUUGGCCCUGCAUUUACUGCUUUUGAUGUGUCAUCGUAAUAGGGCCGGAGGCGUGCUUCCUCGGGGUACCAUCUACAUCAACAGUAUGAAUAGCGCGUUCAUCGAUCAGCUCCACGAACUUUUCAAUGACCGAGGAUGCGCCAAUGAUGGCGCUGUGGAUAUUCAAACCAUUAACUGUGAUCAAAAGACCGAGGCUGACUCUGCUGCGCUGCCCUUCAUUGAUACAGUUCUUGAAACAGGAAUGAGCGAGAAGCAGCUGAGUGAUUUAGAGGAAAACACUGUUAUCGUUGCUGAAAGUUCGUUCGAAGGAGAGAUUCCGUUCAGCGAGGAAGUUAAAAAUGUCAUAUUACGUGGUGCUAAUGACAAAUUCAAUGUACUAGUGGUGCAUAACAAUGUUAAGGAUGUUCGCUAA